AAAGGAAAGACAACGACAACCACAGCACCAAUUACGUCAACAGUUCAAGGAACGACAACGACAACCACAGCACCAAUUACGUCAACAGUUCAAGGAACGACAACGACAACCACAGCACCAAUUACGUCAACAACAACCGGUUGUCCUGGUUGCUGUGGUGUAACUGUUGGUACUGGGCUCAGCCAACCUCUCUACAUAACUAUAGAUGUUAGUGGAAACUUUUUCGUUUCUGAUUCUGGAAGUAGUGAAAUUAUAUACUUUACACCUGGUUCAACAACCGGAACGACCGUUUAUAGUGGUGGUGACUAUUAUGAAGGUAUUCAUAUUAUUAGUAAUGAAACGGUGUAUUUUGCUGAUCAUGCUUCUUACUGUGUACGCAAAUCCACUAAUGCAACAGGCAAUGCUACAUGUGUUGCCGGUGUAGAUGGUGUAUCUGGUCUCGCACCAAAUCACUUUAAUUUUCCGAAGGGUGUAUAUGCUGAGAAUACUGGCACAUUUUAUGUUGCGGACUCUAUGAAUAAAGUAGUUUUAAAAUUUUUCUCCAAUUCAACCAGUGGAACUAAUGGGACUAUUGUUGCAGGUAAUCAAACCGCACCAACACUUUCAUCCCCAUCUGAUGUCUAUCUUGUUAGUGGUUCAGGAAAUCUCUAUGUAGCUGAUAGUGGUAAUAAACAUGUGGUACGAUGGUCAUCGGGUGCAGAUCCCACUACCGGUGGUGUAGUUGUGGCUUCUAAUACUCUGAACAGUAUAUUUGGUAUUGUAGUUACUGCAGACGAACAAACACUGUUUGUAUCUGAUCAAGGGGCCAAUUGUGUUAAAAAGUUUACCAUUGGUACUGACAGUGCUACGAUAUUCGCUGGGAAUGGAACAGCAGGUUCUGGCCCUCACCAAUUAAGUGGUCCAGUAGGUUUAGCUUUGGAUUCAACUGAGCAAUAUUUAUACGUAGUCGAUACAGGCAAUACCCGAAUUCAAAGAUUUUAUAUUCCAAGCUGUUAAAGAAUUAUUUUGCCUAAAUUUACUAAAAAGAGUUUUCUUUUGUCAUGACAUUCUAUCAGGAGACACUUCUGGAGACGCUCAAUAAAGUAUAAUAAAAUAUGAACCAGUUAGUUUGCACAUCACUCAUUCUUAUGGUUUCUUGGUUGCACGUUCAACUGACAUAUUUCCGAAUGUUCUAGACUGUAUAGCAAGAUAUUUUAUUUUCUUCAAAUAUCCAACUUCGUAUACUACCUGUCUGACUAGUAUGUUUUUUUCGAAUUCUUACGUUGAAAAAUGAUCGAGAUUUCGAGCCAAACAUUUCGACUUUUCCGCCUCGGAUUUAGAGAAAAUGGUUCUUUUCAAUAGAGAAAAGAAAAAGCGAUGCAUACUUUUCUAACUUAUGGUAUGAUGAAUCCAUGAAUGAAGAGUCUCGGUGCUUACCUAUUCUUGAGCCAUAAUUACACAUACAUACAUACAUAGAGUAAAAGACCUCUAUAUAUAUUGAACUUUUAACGUUAAGCAUAAUCUGUUUAGAAAAAGAGGCUUCCGUUUUCUGCCCUUAAGUUUCACAAAAGUGAAAAAUAUUUCUAAGUUUUUAGUUUUUGCUCUUUUUAAUAGCAAACCCGAGUCGAAAACCCGAGUCGAAAACUGAGUCGAUUAAUGUGUAUUUCGAAAACUUUACCUGAUUUUCAUUUUUUGGUGAAAAUCUCGAUACUUUUUCAAUGUGAAAAUUCGACAAAAAUCAAAGUAAGAUAUAAGUACACAUUAGUCGACUCAGUUUUUGAUCCUGAUUCCGAAUAUGAUAUUUUUAUUGCACAAAAGCUGAGUUCUGAUGGAGAAAAUUGAGAAUUACCAGCAGAAUUCUGACUUUUUCCUCUCUGAUUUCCAAAAAAAUGAAUUUUCUCUCAACGAAAGACAAUUUGAAAAAAAGCCCUGCAUAUUAUUUUUGCCCAUGCAAAGACGAAUCGAAAACAGUGCAAAUGACUGUU